AUGUCCGUCAUCGACAAGGCACAAGUCAGUUCUGUGGUGGGAUCCUCCCCGCUUGCCCCUGAUGGGCCACAGCCCCAAAAACAUCAACACCAUUCUGGCUCCCAGGAGCCUGGGGGUCCUGCUGCAGAGUCCCUUACUCCCACUCCUGUUUUCCAGAGAACCAUUCCCACGCUUCUUCAGUUCGUGCGCAGCAAGACGCUGCUUGGGGAAUUCCUGCAGAAGGGCGGAGGAAUGUGCCUGUUCAACCUGCCAGACCUGAGGAAACUGUAUGGAGCCCAGCGUUGUGGGAAUGGGUAUGUGGAGGAGGGCGAAGAGUGUGACUGCGGAGAGGUACAGGAGUGUGUGAACCCAUGCUGUAAUGCCAAUGACUGCACACUGAAGCUCGGAGCACGGUGUGCCCACGGAGUCUGCUGUAAAACAUGUCAGUUCCAGUUGGCUGGGACUAUUUGCCGGGAUGCUGCUGGCACAUGUGACCUGCCGGAAUACUGCACGGGUGCCUCUCCCUACUGCCCCUCGAAUGUUUACCGCCUGGACGGUUCAGACUGUGAUGGUAACCGUGGAUACUGCUACACCGGAAUGUGUCACUCUCACCAGUUACAGUGUGAACAGCUCUGGGGCCCAGGUGCCCGGUCUGCCCCUGCUGUUUGUUUUGAAGAGGUGAAUGUAGCCGGGAACAAUUAUGGAAACUGUGGGAAGGAUCUGAGCGGGAACUUUGUGAAGUGCUCGAAGAGCGAUGUCAUGUGUGGAAAAAUACAGUGUCAGAGCUCAGCGAAAGGCCCCAAGGAAUGGAACACGGUUCCCAUCGAUACCACGGUCCGAGUGGAGGGCAGGGAUGUGAAAUGUCGUGGUAUCUUUCUGCACAAAGAGGACCUGCCUGACCCUGGCCUGGUCAAGACUGGCACCAAAUGUGGAGAUGACAAGGUCUGCCUGGACAGACGCUGUCAGAACGCAUCGCUCCUGGGUGUGAGCACGUGUUCGGAGAAAUGUCACGGACGUGGCGUCUGUAACAGUAAUAGGAACUGUCACUGUGACCCUCGGUGGGCCCCGCCACUCUGUGAUCAAGCCGGACUUGGGGGCAGUAUCGACAGCGGCCCCAUCCUCCCUGACGACCAGAAAGCUCUGCUGAUUGGGCUGUUAUUCAGUUUCCUGUUACUGAUCCCGGGGAGCCUGCUCUCGGUGUUCUGCUGUUCCAGGCACAGAGCAGCCAUCCGCGUUCACUGGCUGAACUGUUACAGGCAACCAGCUGUGGCAGACAGAACUGUCUCACGGAGAGAUGAAGCGAGCUCACAGCCUGGUCUGUGCCUGAGGAUUCUGAGCGGGCUCUCUCCAAGGGAGCUGGAUCAGGGCCAGUACCUCCCUCGGAGCCCAAGGCCUGGGGACAUGGCCAGUGCGUCUGCCGGCAGGGCCCAGCGCCCACAUCCCAUCGGCAGGGACCAGGACAAGCCAGUGCGGCCUCCGGCUCCCACAGGGACAGUGUUCCGCCAUCCCAGCAAUCCCAAAGGGCGGCCAGGGAAAGCCGACCCUCCCCGGAAACCGCCCCCACCAUCACUCCCACGCAGACAGGCCUCACAGACUACCUACUGCCUCGUCCCUCAGCAGCUCCCGGACCACACUCACUCAUCUCCGAAGAGACCUUCUGGGGUACGGCCUCGUGUUGCUGAAGCUGUUGCUCUGUUCUCCUCUUCACCAGCGAGGACCGUGACUGGAGGACAACCUGGGAAACACUGACCAAUCAGAGAUGAGGUACUGAUGGAAACAUCCGGAUGGAUAUGGAGAGAUUCGGAUUGGAGCAGAACUGUCUAGUGUGGGGCAUGUGAGAGAAAUAUCUGGAUGGGGGAUCUGGCUGUGGAGUUGCGGGGGGAGGAAUCCUAUUCUUGGUGCCCCCCCCCCCCCCCCCCCCAUUGGUAAAGUGACUCUACUGCUUCAGCGGCCAUUCGUUUUUCAGUCACCGUGGGGACGAGGUGGCUGAGUGAUAUUACUGCUAGCCUAUUAAUCCAGAAAAUCAGUGAAUGGCCUGAGGGCCUGGGUUCAAAUCCUCCCACUGCAGGUCCUGGAAUUUGAAUUAAAUGAAAAUUGAGAAUUAGGAAUCUAGAAUAGAAUCCCGACAGUGUGUAAACAGACCCUUCAGCCCAACAAGUCCACACUGCCCCUCUGAAGACCAUCCCACCCAGACCCAUUCCCCUAAUUUCCCACGUCAAACCCACCUAAUCUACACAGCCCUGAACACUAUGGGCAACUUAGCAUGGCCAAUCCACCUAACCUGCACAUCUUUGGUCUGUGGGAGGAAACCCACGCAGACACAGGGAGAACAUGCAAACUCCACACAGACAGUCGCCCCAGGAUAGAGUUGAACCUGGAUCCCUAGUGCUGUGAGGCUGCAGUGCUAACCACUGAGCCACCAUGCUGCCCUAAUGGCCAUGAAGACAUCAUUGAUUGUCAGAAAAACCCAUCUGAAGGAAAGUACCAUCCUUACCUGGUCUGGGCCUACAUGUGACUCCAGACCCACGGCAAUGUGGCCAACUCUGAACUGCCCUCUGGGUAAUUACAGAUGGGCAAUAAAUGUUGCCUGAUCAGCAACACCCUCAUCCCGUAAAUGAACUAAAAAAAACACAAAAGAAGAUAUUUUUCAAUGUGGACCCAUCAUCUGCUGGCUUUCGUUUGUUAAUUCACUUCCAGUUUGUCUCCUUUCAGGCCAAGAGAUGCCAGGCCUCCCAGAUCAGUGAUUAUUAUUAUUUAAUAAAAAUAAAUCCCUUUACAAUGGAUACAGUUUCUGAAAAUUCAUUUUCAAACUGCUACAGAUUUUACAAACACUUUAAUGAAAUUCCAACUUCUCCUUAUGGCCCUGCUUCAGGGUGCAAGAUCAUGUCACUGGCUAAUCUUCAGAAUGUGUCGUGCUGUCUCAGGGAGCUGCUGUUAGAUUGUGAUUAGGUGCUUGAUUGCUAAAUAAUCCUGUGUCUGUCUGUCUGUGUGUUUGUGCGUGUGUGUUUGUGUGUGUGUGGCUCUGUGUGUGUGUGUGGCUCUCUGUGUGUGUGUGUGUGUGUGUGUGUGUCUGUGUGUGUGGCUCUGUGUGUGUGUGAGAAGAAUAAUGCUGGCCCCCAACUUCAGCAGUCACAGGUUGUAGAGUGCGGUGACAAUGGUGCCCUGUUUAUUACAGACAGAAAGAAGUUGUAUAUUCAUUGUUCUUUCACGGGACGAGGGUGUCGCUGGUUAGGCAGCUUUUAUUAACCAGAGGGCAGUUCAGAGUCAACCACAUUGCUGUGGGUCUGGAGUCACGUGUAGGCCAGACCGGGUAUGGAUGGCAGUUUCCUUCCCUAAAGGACAUUAGUGAACCAGAUGGGAUUUUCCCCGACAAUUGACAAUGGAUUCCUGGUCAUCAUUAGAUUCUUAAUUCCAGACAUUUUAUUGAAUUCAAAUUCCACCAUCUGCCAUGGCAGGAUUCGCGCUCGGGCUUCCAGAACAUUAUCUGGGUCUCUGGAUUGGUGAUGGUUAUAGCCUGGUAAUUGUGUGGCGCGAAUGUCACUUGCCAUUUGUCAGCCCAAGCCUAGAUAUUGUCCUGAUCUUGUUUCAUGUGAACACGGACUGUUUCAGUAUCUGAGGAGUCACGAAUGGUGCUGAACAUUGUGCAAACAAGGCUGGGCGUCCAUGAGGUGCUGUGGGCCAUCAACAGCAGCAGAACUGUACUCCAGCACAAUCUGUAACCUCACGGCCCGGCAUAUCCCUGACUCCACCAUUACCAUCAAGCCAGGGGAUCAACCCUUGUUCAAUGGAGAGGGCAGGGGGGUGCCCAGGAGCAGUACCGGGGCAUACCUGAAGACGAGUGACCCUUCCUCAGAGACUUAGUUCUGACCUGCUGAGCUUUUCCAGCAACUUCUGUUUUUGGUCCUGAUUGACAGCAUCCGCAGUUCUUUUGGGGUUUUUUUAAACAUUUGGCCAUGGUUUCAUUGUCAUCAUUAUCAUCUUAAUCCUUGAUCUUUAUUGAAUUCAAAUUCCGACAUUCUGUCAUGGAAGAAUUUGAAUCUGUGUCUCCAGAACAUUACAUGGGUUCCUGGAUAAUUCCUCAGGCUUCCCUUCAGCACUCUCAAAAGGACAAACAAAAAAAGAAGUACAGCACAGAACAGGCCCUUCGGCCCUCCAAAACUGUGCCGCUAUUCUAACAAAUAAACCUGCCUUUAUUUGGUCUGUAUCCCUCUAUUCCCUCCCUAUUCAUGUCGCCUCUUAAAUAUCACAACAUGCCUGCUUCCACUACCUCUUCGGGCAGUGCAUUCCAGGCUCCUACCAUUCUCUGUGUGAAAAACUUCCCUCACACACCUCCCCUAAACUCUCUCCCUCUGACCUGUUCCCCCUUGUCAUUGUCCUGGGAAAAAGCCUCUGACUAUGCACCCCGUCUGUACCCCUCAUAAUUUUGUAGAGCUCUCUCAGAUCUCCUCUCAACCAGUGAAAACAAUCCUAGUGCAUUUUUCUUACCAAAUUGUAUAAAAGUUGUGUUCCCCUUCGUUGGUAUUCUUCUGAAACGUCCUGAUGAGUACAAGCUGAAAAGCUGCAACAAAAUAUGUCAUUUCUGAGCCGUACUGCAUCUGUGUACUGCCAUGUGAGUGCACAUUGAGAUUGAUGCUUUGGUCGGCCUUUCUAAUAAAUUACAAGAAAGCUAGCCUUCAAUGAUGGGUAGUUCAAACAGCGAACGUCCCAGCUGUGAGACACAGGCAUCAGGUGCAGGGUUCCGAUUUGAACACGGAGCUGCUGUGUGUGUUGGGGUUCCAGAACCAUCUCUGUUUUAUUCAGUAGGCUGUGUCGGCACUUUAAGAGAAUGGGUCAGGGGAGCCAGAGGUGGGAGAUUGUGAGGGGCAGUGUAAGAGUGACAGCAGAGCCGAGAGA